AUGAGUCCUGGCUGUUCAGCUAGUUCUGCGGGAGCUCGGCUUCCCUGCGCCGGGUCCCGGUCUCCCCGCCCCCCUCCGGGCGUCGCGCGUCUCUCAGCUUCCCUCCCCUCUCAGCCGGAGAGAGAGCUUCGCCGUCCCUCCUGAGCCGGGGAGGGGAGGAGCGACGCGAAAAGGGGCGGAAGUGCAAACAAGAGCCCGAGGAGAGCGAGCGAGCUUCGGCUUGCCGUCUGCUCUCACACGCUCGCGAGUUUGCUGGGAGCGCCUGCGCGUCGUCGGUGUGCUGCUGCUGCUGCUGCCGCCUGUGCGCCCUGAACUCCGCGCGCCUCGGAAGUGAGUGGAGGGGUUUUGUCUUUUGCGCGGGAGGGAGUGGAAAAAACGAACUUUUGCCGGAGGGGCCACUGCGCCGCCCGAGGUAAAGAGCGGGGAGGAGGAGGCUCCCUUGCAAAAAGUCGGCGCGCCGGCCGAGGGGAGCGCGCGGGGAAGCCUGUCGCGUAGCCAAAGGAGGGCGGCGGCGGCGGCGGCAGGGUCUGCGGAAGAGGAGAGCGACGCCUUUGCCCAGGGCGUGGGGAGAGGCUGGGGGCUGCUGCUCUUCCUCCCCGCGGCGCCGGCUCACUUGGAGCCGCGAGGGCGUGAGAGAAGCCCGCCGCGAAGGAGACCUGUGUCGGUAGCAAAGUGCGCGCAGAGGAAGGGAAUAAAAGCAGGGAGGGAGAGUUCAGCUUGGCUAUCGAGGGGCAGCCCUUAAAGUCCGGAAUAUAAGACAUUCAGAGAUUUCUUAUUUCUCUUUCCAGUUCCACCCAUCCAACUACCCGACUUUAUCUUUUCAGAGAGGCGCACUCCUGUCGGCGGCACUGGGGUGAAGUCUCAAGAGUGUCUGCCUCUCCCCUCACCCCCCUUUCAAAGACCUGUGAUCGAGUAAACGGGAAGUGAGCAGCCAGCUAUAAUCUUGUUUGUUAGGUGCCUGCGCUGCCUCUCCUUGGGGUCCUUUCCCCAGCUUCACUUCCCCCUUAAGAAAGAAAAUGAAAAUCACAUUUCAUCAGCAAGACUUUAGCUAGCCGUUCCUGCAGCCUGCUGACAAACCUGUAAUCCGGACGUGGCAAAAGACAGCAUGGAGGGUGAAAGCGUCUUAGGGAACACAUUCAGGGCAGGGCAGGUUGAAGGGUGUGGGAUUGUUUGAUGGCUCUGUUUUUCUGGCCGUUGUCAGGGCUUUGGUAACUAGGCUGCAGCCAGAUAGAAAAACUAGAAGUCCCCUGUGUGUGCACAUACAUGCACACCCACAUGGUAUAUGGUUAGUGUGGCUUGACUUUUAAGGGUAGGGCUUUUUGUUUUGGUGCCCUGUAGCUGCCAUAUUUUGUGGUAUCCUUAAAAAUAUAAUGCAGUGUAGCAGCCUGUUCCUUGCUAAUUUAACUAUACAAUCUUCAUGGGAACAGAUGCCCAUCUGAGACAUUAGGGGAGCAAUGAGAUGCAACUUAAACAUUCCAAAAAUGUUCAACAUUAGCCAAGUGCGAGUCUUUAAAUGUCAAAAUGAGCAUCUAAAGUCUCUUGAGAGGAAACAAUUGCAGCUUCAAUGAAACGCAGAGGUGAAACGGAGAUAGCAGAUGAUGGCGCUAAGUGAGUCUUUAGUACGUGUGUUCUGCAUACAUUAAACCAGAUAACUACCACCAUUAAUGCAUUAAUUUCCAGAAUAUGACAGCCUCAAGUAUAGACAUGCUGUGUAUUAAUUGCAGAAAGGGGCAGUGAGCAUGUUCUAUGAGUGGUUGCUAGUUGAGGUUAAAGCACAUUGCUAACCUCUGACAUUCUGUGCUUUGAACUCCUGCCUGUAGCAGUGGGUCUCAGGUUUGGUUUUGGGGCUGGGAGAGAAAGAGAAGGCUUUUUCACAGUAGUAAGGCUCCCUCUUGAAGGAGGUGAGAUACCAAUAGCCUUUCAAUUUGACAGCCUCUAGAAGGAUGCUGGUUCAACUAUGUGCUUGUGUAUAUGUAUUUAGAAUUUUCCCUUGGUACAGUGUGUCCCCCACCCCCGCCUUGGGGAGGCUUGUUGUGCAGUUUGAGAAACUUUAAUAUGAAUUGUUGUGGUAUGCUAAACCAUAUUUGGGCAAUGUUGUCAAUGCAACAAUAAAAAAUGCUACUCAUUUUGUAGUUUUGCCACCCCACCCACCACACCACAGCAGUAAAUAUUAUUCAAGGAAAUAAAAAGUAUCCUUCAUAACACUUCCCACAUCACUUGGGGUAAAUGCAGUUCCACAUAAAUACUAAGUAACUUUAGUAUCUUUCCAUACUAUGCUUUGGUUUCGUUUUACAGUCUGUGCAGCCUCUCAGCCUUUCCAAAUCGAUGGGAAUGGAUAACAUCUUCUACGUAAGGCUCAGUUACAAUAUUUUAUCUCAUGUGGUGCUGAAACACUUCGCUUGAACUUUGAACAGCAGCAACAAAUGUACCAUUUAAAAAAAUGCCUUAGGCUUCAUAUGCAAAUAUUUCGAUUGCAAAAUGUUGGUUUGUGUUAUGUAACUUCUGCUAGCUACUACUCUGUGUGCUUUAAGAGUUAGGUAGAAGAUUUCAAGGGCUGUUUUUUUUUUUACUGCAUUAACUUUAACACUUGCUGUAACUGUACAGUAGUGUUCAUAUGCACGUAUUUCUAAAUUCAUAAAGUCUGAGAAACCCUUUUUAAAAUGAAAAAUGAUAUAAUUAUUUGUUUUAAGAAUGUAUUGUUUUAUUGAUUCCUUUUAUGCAGUUUUAAAAGAAAGUUGCUUUGACUAUUGGUCUAUAACUUUUUUGGUUGUUUAAUAACAAUAACAAUAAAUUCAGAGAGCUGCAGAUAUUUCACAGCAAGAAAGCCAGUGAUUAAGCAUCCAUAAUUAUUUACUAUCCUAACCUGAUAUGUGCUAAGGUACCUGCAUAUGUGUGCAGACCCCAAUUCCAUAUUUUGCAGUAUCAUUUCGGCCUGAGCUUAGGGUAACAAUUGAAUAACCCUUGUGAUUUGUAAUUAUUGUGUAACAAUGCAAUUCUUGUUGCAUUGUAUCAUUUCGACCUGAGCUUAGGGUAACAAUUGAAUAACCCUUGUGAUUUGUAAUUAUUGUGUAACAAUGCAAUUCUUGUUGCAUUGUAUCAUUUCGGCCUGAGCUUAGGGUAACAAUUGAAUAACCCUUGUGAUUUGUAAUUACUGUGUAAUACUUAAUGCAAUUCUUUAUUCUUUCAUCCGUGCUCAGAUAUUUCCUUUUGCUCACCUUAAGGCAGUGGAGAUAGAACCCUUCCUUAUCUUGGGGUGACACUAAACAUUUAGCUUAAUCCUCCAUGGUUUGACUGAAAACAAAUAAGUGGUAUUCAAGGCUUUGGAGAAGCUAGACAGCAGAGAUUCCAUCUUGAUGACUUGAGGGCGGUUGCAGAGUAGGAGGAAAUGGAACACCCGCAACCUAGAAUCCUUUAUGUGCCAUGUUUUCAGUUCCAUUCUCUUGCGCCUGUGAAGCAUUUUUUCUUCAGAAGAGAGAGACUGAGGCAACACCCAGGGCUGAGUUCUGAGGGGACUCGGCCAUGGAAUCUAUUUUUGGAACUGGGCUGAGCAGGGUUCACGUAUGGCAUUUUUCAGUGUGUACACAAAGCAUCUUGCAUGUAAACCUAAACACCACUUAUGUAACAUAGGAAGCUUGCUAGGGGUACAUUUUGCUAGCAAAUUUGCGCCGGAGCGGUACCUAUUUAUCUACUUACACUUUGACGUGCUUUCGAACUGCUAGGUUGGCAGGAGCUGGGACUGAACAACGGGAGCUCCCCCCUUGCGGGGAUUCGAAUAUGUAUAUGCAGUAUCUAGCAUCUAACCUUUAGCAUAGGAGCUACACCUCUCCAGUCCCCACCCAUGUUUAGAAUGAAAGAGGAAGCUUUCUGAGCAAAGAUGGCUCACUAUUCUAUCUGUAAUUCUGUUGCUUCCUACCUUUCUAUUGGUAUUGGCAACACAGAAUAAGAACAUAGCAGUAGAAGUGGAAAAAAGCACCUAGAAAUAACACCUAGCACUUAUUUAUUUUUAUUUAUUUAUUAAAUUUGUAUACUGCCCUUCAUAGGUGGAUCUUGGGGCAGUUCACAUCAUAAAAUACAAAAUAUAAACAAAAAAUAUAUAGUAAAAACAAGAAAAAAUGAAACAAUAACUCCACCCCCCCUCCUCCCACAAACACAUUUAAAAGUAUGUAGGCAGCACAUGAGCAAAAUACUCAGGGGAGGGAAGCUCUCACUUUGUGCGAGCCUUGGAAGCACACGAGAACAUGAUGCAUCUCUAUCUCCAGGUGUUGAGGGCUGUCUGUCGCCGCCCAGAAGCUCAGCAGAGAGCUAGAGAAGGACAGCCCCCUUGAGAUAUUCUUUCUAUUUGUGAAUGUCUUACAAAGUAAGCGCCCAUUCCCUCUUCACCCUGAAUCCUUUGCAUCUGCUGGAAUAUGGAUGCGAGAGGUUUGUUCCUUUGGUCUGUGGCACAUGGAAGGUUCAGGGAAGGGGAAGAGAAAGAGAGAUCUCCUUCGUGCUCAUCUGCAAAUAAAAUUGACAGGAAAACAUUCCUUGUUUGCUAGUGGCUAGGCUACCUGGAUAGGGAUACUACAUUUGUGUAACCCUGUGCCUUCCUGCAAAAGGAUUUCAAAAGUGCAGCACCAUUCCAGGGAAGUCCCUCUUUCCAGCCUGGUGUAACGUAGACUACAAACUUGUGGGUUUCCAGAGCAAGGUCUCUGAAGACCUUGGUGGGGAAGUGGUCCAUAAGAUACUAGUCGUAGGGCAGGCUUCCUCAAACUCAGCCCUCUAGAUGUUUUGAGACUACAAUUCCCAUCAUCCCUGACCACUGGCCCUGCUAGCUAGGGAUCAUGGGAGUUGUAGGCCAAAAAACAUCUGGAGGGCUGAGUUUGUGGAAGCCUGUCUUAGGGAUUUUAGAGAGAAUUGGUCGCUACUGCAACAUUUCAUGGUUCUCUGUGGCUGAGCAACCAUCAGUUACGUGGUAGUUGCCAAACAGUCUCUUAAGAGAAGUUGAGUUAGAAUUCAUUGUGGUAAUCCAAGCAGGAUUGCAAAUUCCCUGUCAUGCAGGAAGUGGUGCAGCUGGACAACCAGCCAAAGCUAGCAAAAAGCACUCCUGGCACAGAUGCAACCAGCAUAUGAGGAACACGAGGUGUACUUCCAAGCUGCAAGGUCUAUUUUUAGGCUGAUAUUUGCCCUGUCCAAAACUGGCAAGUACUCAUCUCCUUAUUUUACAAACGUCAGUGUUUCUCUUACAAAGGUUCUAGUUAAUUGGUUAGUCAGCUUUUGCAGAGUGAUUUGCAUCAGAACGUUUUCUGAGGCACUAGAGUAUGGUCUACUUCAGCAGGCUUGUUUUGCUUGUAUUUAGUAAACAAAGCUAAAAGCUUUGAAACUUCCAAGCUCACCUAGUAUUUGUUUGCAGUGUUGCAUCCAUUCAUUGUUACUUUUGACCUUAUGAAAUAAUGCUCCCCCCCCCCCGAAAAUUCACAGGCAGGGCUUUGGACGUUGGUGACUCUCCUCUUAGAGACUUCAAAAUGUUAAUAUCUGAAGGCCGUAUUGCAAUUGUUCUUUGUACGUGAGUUUCUUCAACUUUCCAAAUAAUCUUUUAAAACUUCCUUACAGGCAUUCAUUCUCUGGAAUUAGACCUUGACUUCCAGACGCCAUGA